AUGUCGCCCUCCAAGCAGUCUGUAGUUUCCAUGGCGGACAUGCCAUUCAUCGUCUCCACCGGCACCAAGAAAGUCGAUCCUCGUACCCGCAAACUCAUUCGCAGCCAUGUCAUGAUUGGCAAGAACCGUGGCAAAUCCCGCUAUCGCCAAGCAGGGGCCGACCCAUCGACUCCGGCGGACGCGUGCACAGACGACACUUCGGCUCCUCCUGCCGAUGCGGUGGAUUUACCAUUAUUGCCAUCUACACAAGUAUCAGCCACCCGCGCGGCGUCAGAUCUUCCCCGCAGAGUUGGCAACGACAUGUCCUUCGUCCGGCUGGCUGAUGACACCACCAGCCCUGCAGCCCUAGCCACCAUCCUUCGCUUCACUGAACGGGCGAAGACAGAGUUCUACCCGCUUGCCGUAUGCAUAGUGUUCAACUCCUCUAGUCGAUCAUGGGUUCUCGACAUGCUGUCACUAGACGCAGCCUACCUCAACGCCAUGGUCAUCACCACCCAAUCAUACUUUGGUAUCUACAGGGGGCCGGAAGCGACCCAGUCCCCUCAUCUGGGGAAAGCCAUCCGCCUGCUACGGAAUCGGCUCGGAGAAGAGCAGGUACGCGUGUCCAAUGCAACGGUAAUGGUCGUCAUUAUCUUGAUUCUGCACGCGCAUAUCGUGGAGGAUUACGCUGCCGUAGUACAUCAUACCCAGGGUUUACGCAAGAUGGUCCGGCUGCGCGGGGGACUAGGAGCAUUUACAUCCAAUAACAAACUAGUCAUUGACCUUAUCAGAUGCGAUGUGGGACUAGCGAUCCACAGUGGAGAAAAACCUGCCUUUUUCGAAAAUCGCGAUCUCGACAUCUUUGUCCCAUCCGACCUUUGCUUCACGCCGCAAUCUCGCCCCAUCCCGUCGUUCGUCCGGGAGCUUGACCCCGGUCUCGCGCGGAUGUGGCACAUUAUGCAGGGAUUCUGUACCCAGGUCAACUUGACCACCAAGACGAAUGACAUGAUUCCAGAGACGGAUUUCAUGAAAACAAUGGCCUCCGUCAUGUAUCCUCUGUUACACAUGAGUUUUGAGCCCGGGUCCCUCGACGAGGCGAUCCGCCUAGCUUUACUCAGCUAUGGAUUUGACAUCUUCCUCCAGUUUCGUAGCGACCCGACCCCGUACGUCCACCUGGCUGCCUCGUACCAGCGCUGCUUAAAUGGCUUAGCCAAGCGAAACGAUGUCUCUCCUCAACUCUGGAUCUGGUUGUUAACUGUCGGUGGUCUUGUGGUGUUUUUACCCGCCGUCAGGCGGAAUUUCCGGCACUGGCUGCUGUAUUACCUCGGAAGCUGUCGUGUCCGCUCGUGGGAGGAGAUGCGGGCCAUCCUCUCCUCAUUUAUUUGGAUUGGACUCGUGCAUGAUCAAGGAGGCAAGGAAAUUUUUGACAAGUUGUUUGCCAAUCUAGAGCCUGGGACGGAGACAUUUGUUGAUCAGACGUCUUCGAAAUUAAUCACGUGUUAG